AUGAUCGCUGUCAAAAAGCUUCGUGAAGGGAGCUCUCCCUGCCAGGCUUGGGCUGGAGACAGAGUUCCCAGCGUCCCUCCAGCCUUGGUAGCAAACGGGGCUCCGUGGGCGGGGGUGACCCCCGGCACCCCCAGCAGCGCGGCACCAGGAGUCUCGAGUACUAAAGGAUAUCCAGAACAUCUGCUUUCAGUUGAAAAUUCUACAGAGCCCCUGUUUUUGUCACAAACGGGUUAUCCUAGAGAAGCUGCAGCACAAGAAGAUCCCUCACUGCUGCUGGAAGACAGCAGAAGACCUCAAGAUGAUGUUUUUAUUUCUCAAUAUGCUACUGGCCAGAAAGAGGCUUUGAGAGCGGCAUUAAAGCAGAAGACUCAAAAUACUCCUGUACGUAAGGAGGUGAAGGUACAGCUCUUAGGAAAUGCCCCCACAGAAAAGAAGGGAAGUGUUGGUCAAGACACCAGGUCAACACACAGGGAAGUUGAUUCUGCAACAACCAUCGCAGCAGCGACUGCUGCUGCCAUAGCUACGACAGCUCCACUUCUUAAAGUUCAAAACGAUUUGGAAGCGAAAGUAAACUCAGUUUCAGCAUUGCUUCAUAAACUACAGGAGACAGACAGACAGCUGCAGCGUGUUGCUGAACAGCAAACAAAUACAAAGAGUCAGCAGGAGAAACCCCAUUGUCAUGAAAGAGUCAGUGAGCUUGAAAAACAGAUGAAUGCUUUCAUGGUGCAACGGAUUCAGCAUUUGGAAAAGUUACAGGAGCAACAAAUGAAUAUUCAGUCUCAUCUCAUCAGCUCUGCUGUCAAUGCGCGUGGCUUACAGCAAAUUCGGACACCUUCCUCCAGUCUCCUGACAAAGCCACCCGACGAGCCUGAACAGCGACUGCUCACUAAAGAAGUGUCUUCACGUCAGAGGGGUUUAUUUCCCACCAGUGGUGCACCCGCCCAAGCAUAUUCAAGCCAGUUUCAAAGUCAUGGGAUUCGUACACAAAAAUCCCCUUUAAACACACCAGUUCCUCGCAGAUGUGCUCCAGAACCUGUAUCAAAAAAUGUGAAAAUCUCAAGGAAAGAAAACCCUGUAACAGAAAAGGAAAAUACUUCCAAAUCCACAAGUGAAGGUGAAGGGAAACUACUUGAGCAUAUUCUGAAUUCUCAGGAAAUGCCACUGAGGCAAAUCGAGCCUUCCAAGGAGACAGCAUUAAGCAGUAAUAAAACGAGCUGGGAUUCUGAGAGGCACAGGCAUACUGCUUUGCAUACAGAUUCAUUUCCUGCUUUUGAAAACUCCUCCCAAAAUUGCAGUUCAAUUGAGAAAACCGUGAAAAAAGCAGAUGAUUUACUUCAAGACCUUGGCCAGUUGAGAAGAGAAAUGCACGACAUGCUACAGGAAGCAAAUUCAUGGAAAUCAGACAUGAAUAAUCUUCUUAAGUCACAAAACCCUACUGCUGCACCUGAUCUUCAAAUACAUCAGCAGCUCAAGAAAUCGUCCAUUCUUCAAAAUGUUAAAGUGCCCAAAUCUAUACUGAGGGAUGCUGAAAGAAUCUUGAGAAGAGUUCAACAGAGUAAAAAAGUGCUUGAAGACAAUUUGGAAGCUGUUAUUCGCGCAAAGGAUGGGGAUGCCAUGUAUACUUUCAUUAAUGCCUUGAUGACAAACAGAGAUGCACUGGAAGAGAUUCGUAUCAGAAAGACUGUGGAUGAGUGGAUUAGGGCAAUCAGUGUAGAAAUCCAGGCUGAAAUGGCAAGAAAUGAUUUGGAACAAGUGAAAUAUGAUCAAAAGGUCCCAUGGAUCAAGAGAGCCCAAAACAUCAAGGCUAUGAAGACCAAUAAAGAAAUUAAAGCAAAAACUCAAAAAAUCCAAGCAUCCUCCACAAAGAAGCCUUUGUCUAAAGCUAAGCCAUUGCAGAAGCAAGCAGAAGAUAACACGAGCAAAGAGAGACUUAGAACUUAUUUUUCUCCUGGAAGUUUGCAGAGGAAAGAAAAAAGGGCAGAUGGACCUGUGAAUGGAGGAGCAGUGGUACGAAGUGAAGACUGUCUGUCCCAGGUUUAUGGGAAACCGAUUUACCAGGGCCAUCGUAGCACGCUUAAAAAAGCACCAUAUCUGAGAUUCAACUCUCCCUCUCCCAAACCUAAACUUCAAAGACCCAAAGUGAUAGAGUGUGUUAAAGGUACAAAGGUAAAGUCGGUAAGAACACAGACUUCUCACACACAGAAGGUGGUAACCAGCCUGAAGAAACAGCAUCCUUUAUAUGCACUUACCCAAGAAAAUCAGUAUCUCUUUAGUCCAAGUCAAGAUGUACCUGCUGUCUGUGGUCUGCUUGAAGGUCACCUAAUUCCUAUGGCUAUUCCACUAGGUCAGACCCAGAUCAGCGACAUCUCACCGCAGCCUGCUGGAUUGGUGAUAGGCAAACCGCACCCUGUUACAAUUACAACCUCUCUUCCUCAAGUGCCACCUAAACCACCCGUUGAGAUUAAAAAACCAAACAUCGCUGUAGUAGAGAUGAGAUCGGAGAAAAAGGAUCCACCUCAGCUGUCGGUGCAGGUGUUACCAAGUGUCGACAUUGACAGUAUUUCAAGUGGCAGUGGGAGUGUAGACCGCGUUGUUCCAGGCUCUGAACCUGCAUUUCCUCCUGUCAACGCUGUAAUACAGACUCCAGAAGAUAUACACAGUGAGGAGGAAGACACCAAGUUUCCAGGAACUAAUUUAGCUGAUGUUACUGAUGUCAUGCAGGCUCAGGAAGAAGAGAGGGAUGAAAUUCCAGAAUUCUUUGAGCCUCUUCUGGAGCUUAAUGGAGAGUUUAAAGUUGCCUCGCCAAAAUACAACGGUCCUUUGUUUCCUCCAGUGGCUUCUGCUCCUCAGCAGUCUUCUGAUGUUUUGGAUGAGCUGAUCCAGAGGAGAGAAACUAUAGAAAACAGGUUGAUAAGUUGGGUGGAACAAGAAAUAAUGGCAAAAGUUAUCAGUGGCAUGUACCCAGUUCAGAAAGAAAUGGUGCCCAGGGUUAGCGUCUCAGAGGGUGAAGACAGUGAGACUGAAACCUCUGACAUUGUUGAAGUUGCAGGUGGUGGAGGGUUUCAACUCUUCAUCGAUGCUGGUGUGCCAGUGGACUCAGAAAUGAUAAGUCAUUUUGUAAACGAAGCUCUCAGUGAGACGAUUGCAGCUGUCCUGGGUGACACGCGGGCUCAGAAAGCAGUUCCUGCUUCAAAUGUUCCUCCAAGCACAGCAGUUAUGGUGGAGUCUCUUGUGCCUACUCCAUUGCCAACACCCCAGGCCACACCACCGCAAACACCACCUUCAGAAAAAGAAUUGCCUCCAGUCAGAACUCCGGAGUCUUCUCUGUCUCUUACAAACAGGAAUGGGGAUGUUCACGAACGUGAAAAAAAUAAAGAAACAGGAGUUGGGAUUCCAGCUGCCACGAGUUGUGUUGGCACCCCUGCUGUUACCCCUGUCAAUACACCUCCUGCAGCAACCGCACCAAGCCCUCCUGCCUCAGAACGGGCCUCCAGAGCUGCAAAAGUGGAAAGUCCAAAGCCUCCAAACCCAUGGGAUGAUGCAGAACUUCCUCUGGAAGAAGAGAAACCCAGUCCUUUCACUGAGGAACCAUUCCGUCCCAAGGCUGUUGAGAUGUCAGUGGCUAAUGAUGAGGAACCAGAGGCCUUGAUUUUACCACCUCGGCAGUCGUCAGCGAGGCCCAUCGAGUCGCUUCCUUGCGAUGCCCCGGUUGCGUCACCUGUGCCCACAGUUAGUUCUGGGCAGUCCACACAGGAAAGCAGCCUUACCCUCACCGAAACAGAAACAGAAACUGCAGACAGACCCAUCUCAGAAGGGGAGGUGCUCUUCAGCUAUGGACAGAUGCUGGCUGCAAGAGCACUGUCAGAAGGAGGACUGUCUCUUCCAAACCUUGCUGAGAGCUUAACCAGUACUUUGCGAGAUGCCAAUGAAAUGGAUUAUGAUCCUCCCAGUGAAGGGCAAAUAGUGAGAAGACCAGAUAAAGACUAUCACAGGGAUCCUGUCCUGACUCUUUUAGCCAAAUUAAAUCAAAGACCUGUUGCUGCACACGAAGGAAUGCACCAUUUGGAGGAUUCUGAUGAUAGUGCUGGGGAGCUCAGUGAAGGUCAAAGACCAAGGCUGACCAGAGCAGCAGAGAGAAUCCUAAUGGGACAUUGGGUUCACGUGGACCAUCCAACCGCUCAGACUUGUGAGAACAGACCACGGCGGCGUUUCCGUUCUUCAUCGCCAGGGCAGCUUGCCCAAAUUAGAGCAGAAAUUCUUGGAGAUGCAGAUACAAGUCACGGUCCAGUGCUUAUGGCUGAACUGGAAUUGCCGCCAGUUUCAAAUUGUGCUGCCCAACCGAGCUGCAGAGUGACAUCUCUCUCUGAGGAUCUGUCCCAGGAGGAAAGCCAAGGAGCUGCACAAGCUGAGACUGUGAGACCUCGAGUUAUUCAUGUGAGAAGGAAGUCUGAAGAGAUGCAACAAGAAG